GUAAUUAUACCCGAGAUUUAUUAAAUAAAUGCAAGCAAGUUCAAUAAACAUAGUACCUACUUGCAUUUGAUAUUUUUAUUUUAUAAUUUAAAUUCACUGUCAAAAAAAUUUCGAUUUGUUAAAAAUACGUGUUUUAUUUUUACGAUGAAACCAACAAAGCUUAUAGGAUCAAAACGUAUGAUAAAGGAAUCACUACUGAAAUGUAUAAAUAGUUGUAAACAGUUAAAAUUACAAAAAUUUAAAAGUAAAAAUGAUAAAAUUCGAUUUUUGAAAACUAAAACAUCUGUACUAAACAUUCAAAAAAAUAUUAAAAAUUAUGAAGCUGGUGAAAACGAGAAAUCUUGUAAUGUUAAACUAGUUGAUUUGUCAAAAAAAAUCAGAGCUAACAAGAUUGUUAAACAUAAAAAUGAAACUAAUGAAAAAUUUCAGUGUCCAAAUACUCAAAACAAUAUGAAGAAUGAAUACAAAAUUAAAAAAAUGCCAUCAAAAAUUUUUAGUCGUAAAUUCUCAAAGUAUAAAGAUGUUCAGCAAAAGUUAAAAGCUAAAUUCAAAUCUACUUAUAAAAGUAGUGGAAAAUUUGAUCAAAGCUCUACUAAAUAUAAAGCAUUCAUAACUAAAAAUAAAAAUAAAAAAAAUAAGUCAUUUUUGAAAUAUUCUAUGUGUAGUUUUGGUUUUAAUAAAGAAAUACUAAAAAAAAAACGUACUGAAUGUCCUGAGCUUCCAGGUAAGGGGACUUACAAUCAUCGCUUUGCGUAUGAUGAAGCUUUAAAGUUACAACAAGAAGGUAUUGAGGUAGACGUGCUAUACAAAGUAAAAAAUAAAACUGACUCUAUUUAUGUUAUAAAUGGAGAAUUUCUAUGGACGAAGAAUAAACGAUCAAGUAUUUUCAACAAGUUAUCUAAAAAACCUAAAGUAAAUUUAACUACUGCAGACAAAAUAACUGAAGAGCAAAAUUUUGCUAAAUUGUUAAUGUCAGAACAAGAGAUGGCAGAAUUUGCUAAAAUACAAAAAGAAAAUGAACAUAAAAAAAGAUUAGCUAAACAAGUUUUAAUGAAGAAAGCUGAAUUAGAAAGAGAAAAAAAACUAAGACUUGAAGAAUUUAUAAGGAAACGGGAGUUGGAGAUGAUUGAAAAGGACCUUCGAGCUAAGGAACUAAGUAAAAUGUUAAGAGAAAAAUCUUUAAAAAAGAAAGCGAAUGAUGAAAAAAAGAAACAGAAACAAAUUGAUAUAGAUAAUUUAAAAUCUGCUGAAAUAGAAAAAUUAAAACGAUUAAAGUUUCAACAAACUAUGAAAUAUAAAAAUAAUAAUAUUAUGAAUAAUACAGAUAAUAAUCAAGUGAUAAACCCGGACAAUGCUCAUGAUGGAUUUAAGGUCAUUAAUGAUCCAAACAUUAUUAAUAAUAUCGGAAGAUGGGUAUUACAGAAUGAUGGCACUGUCUUUACUAUGUCAUGGUUAAAAAUUGUUGCUCGUCGGAUUGAUUCUUUAGAUGGGAGAGUAGAUACGUUGUACAAGAAUAAAUUGAUGCAGAUUGCCAUUGAUAAAGUGGUAGAUGUAAUGAUGGAGAAAAAACUGUUGUCAGAUUUAAGUAAAAAAGAUUUGAGUCGCCGAAAAUUGUUGUGCCAUAAAAGUGUUCAGGUAUCUCCUAGUUUUGUAAUAAAAAAUAAAAGGAUGAUGAAAUUCCAUAAACGUACUUCAAUCGGCAUUCGAAAGUCUCCCAAGUUCUAUGGUUGUCAGAGCAAUAGGAAACUAUACAAGGUGAUUAAAACAGAAGACAGUUAUUUUCAAGUGAUCAGUGCGGAUGCCUUUGGGUCAUAACAUUACAAGGAGCGGAUAAAUUAAAUUUUGUAUCGUGUGGGUAAACCGGAAGUUACGGAAAUAAUUUAAUAUACUGCUGCUCUAAUUUUGUAUGACCGUCGUGUUUAAUAAAUUAUAAUACUCGAA